UUGAAAAGGCGAGACAGUGGAUCCGGUGAAGGCGGGGGUAGGCGGAGAGGAAGGGGACAUGUCCCAAAGUUCAAAAAGUUGCGUGAUAGAUCAGACGGUGCGAUGGGGGCUUAAUGUCUCACCCGUGGAUGUCCCUUCAAUGGAAACGCCGACACUUGGAUUUCGGAGGGACGGCGUAAGUAGGGAGUGCUACAUUGGACUGACCGCCCUUAGUGUGCCAAGAAUUGCACAUGUCGGUGGGAGUGGGAGCGUGCGUUCACAAGGGAUCGUCAUCAAUGACUCGGCACCACAAAGGGUUGUCACUGCAACGACGACAAUCGUCUCAGCUAUGGAACAUGUCGACAAAGGACCUGUCCACAUGGGACAGACGCGCCAUUGGGAACCUUCGAACGCCAUCGCUGUCGGAGGCUCGUCAAGGAAUGUCAUUCAGUUGUCACACGCAGGAGGCGCGACUAUCCAUGACAUCACCAGCACUGGGGGGGAGAGGCGAGAAGAAGGAACUUCAAGGCACAAGGAGGCGGGAAGGAAAGGUGAGAGGGGGGAUCAAACUCUGCGGCCGGACGACAAUGAUGGCGAGCCUCUUAGCAGCAGGAAGAAAAGAACACGACAAGAGGAGUUGGAGGCGAAGUCGAAGCUAUGGACAGACGGGAAGACAUUCUUAGGAAGUGGACUUGGUCUCUUCAUCACGGACAUUGUGCACAUUUGCACAGACUACUACUACACGAUCGUCAAUGGUAACGCAGGCGCCACCGCUCCGCACGGCCUCAUCAUGCCAACCCCCGAUGUUCCGUGCUUACGAAUCGAUGAUCCUGCGCAGCAAGAGCCAACUCUUCACCAAGCGAGGAAGACGGAGAACGUCGCCAUGCGUGUUAUCCACAGGUGGAUUUUUAGGUCGUCUUCCAGAUACGAUGGUUUUGCCCGCCCUGAGUCGUAUGUCGUCGUUGAUUACCCAACAGAUUUGGCGAGAGCAGUGUGGCAGAGUGUGGAGUGGUCGGGGUAGUCUCUCCUAGCAUGGUUUAUCAUACGCUCGCUUUGAAGA